GAUUGGGUCAUUUAUGGAUAGCCCGGACUUCAAGCACUGUCCCUUUAAGAAAAUAGGGAACUAGUGAGAAAACUUUCAUUUCCUUGUCUGUUUUCUUUAUAAUAGCCACACGCGACUUUUUAUAAGGGCAAUGUUUCGCUAGAAGCUCGAUUUAAGUUCCUAAAAGUUAACUUUUAUUAUUUUAAAAGACUUUGCAGUCUUUGUUGCUACAGCGACGUUCAUCGUUUUCCACUUCGUGAUCUACCUGCAGUAUUGCAGUUGUCAGUGAGUCUCUCAACCGCGAGAUGGCAGCACUGAUCGCUGACGAUAACGUGUACCGCGAGGCGGAGCUAGACGGCGCGCCCCCUGCUGAAGCAGAGGAUCCACCGCAGCUGCCCGGACCUGAGGGAAACAUACAAGGACAGGUGGAGGAGUUUCUCGGCCCACAUCCAGACUACGAUGAGGAGGAGGAGGAGCGCAAGUACUACAGGCGAAAGCGGCUGGGUGUAGUGAAGAACGUGGUGGGGGCCAGUUGCGGAGGAAUGAUCAUCUACAGCGUCUACAUGGGUUUGUUACAGAUGCAGUUGAUUCUGCACUACGAUGAGACGUACCGAGAGGUCAAGUACGGCACAUUAGGGCUGGAGGACAUUGACAAUAAAAUGCUGAUGGGGAUCAACGUUACGCCUAUCGUCGGCCUGCUCUACACACCGGUGCUCAUUAGGUUUCUGGGCACUAAAUGGAUGAUGUUUCUGGCGUCAGGCAUCUAUGCUCUGUUUGUUUCAACCAAUUACUGGGAGCGAUAUUACACUCUUGUGCCGUCAGCGGUGGCCAUCGGUGUCGUCAUCGUUCCACUGUGGGCGUCAAUGGGAAACUACAUCACUAGAAUGGCCCAGCAGUACUACGAGUUUGUGAAUUACAAGGAUGAAAAUGUCCAGGAGCAGAAAAAACCUCCCAAAGGAGCUUUCCAUUCCUACAUCAUCAUCUUCCAGUCCGUCUUCUACAUCAUUUUUCAUCUGAGUUUCGUGUUUGCCGAGUUCCCCACGGUGCUGUUCCUCAAUAACUAUCUGAAUGAUUACAGACAUACUCUCUUCAAAGUCUCACAGUGUGGAGCCGGCGGCAAAGGAGUGAUUGAGAAUUUCAAUAAGACGGUUUUGAAGAGUCUGCCUCGCUCUCUGCUGCUUAUCGAGGUUGAGAGUGCGCUUAUGGGAGCAGCGUUUCUCUCCAUGCUCAUAUUCCUGCUGCUGUGUGGAGCUGCAUACCGGCCCACAGAAGAAAUUGACCUGCGCAGCAUUGGCUGGGGAAACAUCUUCCAGCUGCCCUUCAAGCACUUACGAGAUUACCGCAUCCGCCUGCUCUGCCCGUUCUUCAUCUACUCUGGCUUUGAAGUGCUCUUUGCCGUCCAGGGCCUCACACUGUCAUAUGGAGUGUGUGCAGUGGGCAUGGAGAAGCUGUGGCUGUUGGUUAUGGUGUACGGUUUGUCAUCCUCCAUCUGUUCGGCUCUUGCUUUGGCAUUGUUGCGAUUGCCCAGGCCCGUUAUUCUCCUAGCAGGAGCGUUUGUGCACUUCGUGUUGAUCAUCGCUCUGAUGUGCUGGUCGCCCACUCCUCGGGACACCAGCCGUCUUCCUUAUCUGCUGGUGGUCUCUGCACUUUGGGGCCUGGGCACUGCCCUUAACAAAACCGGACUGAGCACUCUGCUGGGGAUGCUGUAUGAGGACAAGGAGCGACUGGACUUUGUUUACACCAUCUAUCAUUGGUGGCAAGCUAUUGCCAUCUUCAUCGUCUACCUCUGGUCUGCAUUACCUAUGCGGGCUAAGCUGGGGCUGCUGUUGUUGACUCUCCUAGUGGCGUCUCUCUGUUACGUGCAGAUGGAGCGACGUCUGGCCAAGAAAAUUCCCUUCAGGUUGCCACGAAUCCCCCGUCCUCGACACAAGGUCAAAGGUUAUCGAUACCUCGAGGAAGAGAAUUCUGAUGAAUCCGACACAGACCUGAGUGAUGCAGACGACGAUGAUGAUAAAGAGGAGGACGAGAGGAUGUUGGUGGAGGAGGACAGAAAUACAGACGGCGAUUCCCAGGGAUCACCGGGACCAGAGAGGAAGCGGGUUCGAGACCGCAGGAGGAAACACGACAACACUGCCUACGAGCAGGCCGGAGAGAGAGACGACUACGUUCAACACUGAACAAAAACUGAAAAAAGAAGAGGUGAAAGAUGAGCCUGUGCUGAAAAAUACUGAAUAGCAAGAUUGAAAGAGAAGCAAUGCUAAAGGGAUAUAUUUCCUCACUUUUUUCCAUUAAAUAUGUUUUUUUUUCGUUAGAAAUGAAAAGUGAGGGUCGCUGAUGAAAAACGUUAGGUCAGAAAGUAGUGUACAGUUAAACAAACAUACCAAAAAAGUGGAAGUGACAAGAGCCAUUUUCGUAUCAUUGAAAGGGGAAGUGAAAGGAGGAAACGGUGGAUAAGUUCAGGUGGUUUGUUGCCAUAGAAAUAGAUAUUCUCC